AUGUCAGCGUCCACGGAGCUUUCCGUUGCAGCGAAGGCGAUGUGCGACUCGAGGGAAGAGGAAAAAGCUACAGUUGGAAAGAAACGUUACAUAGACGAAAGCGUCAGCCAUAGCCACAAGAAGUCGAGAGGUUAUGAAUUAGACAAUGCUGCGGUCAUCCAGCAUAUGCUCAACGACGCGCUUAUCGCCGUGAAAAAUCCGCGGACGGUUUUAGCGGAUUGUUCCGACACAGCUGCUCCUAUGCCGCCGCACUCGGAUCAGCAUGCUACGCCUUAUCGUGGAUCGCAAGGGAGUGGAAAUAGUUCCGGAAAUAUUCAACCGAGGAGUAUGCGCGAGAAGAAUCGCCGCCACCGCAUCUUGGCUGGGUUCAGCAAGCUCGAAAACGUUAUUCCUUCUACUGAGGAGGAGCCAGUUCAUGCAGUAAUUCUUGUUCACGGCAUCGUGUCCACAGUACGUGAUUGGGAUUACCUUCGCGGGGAGCUGAAGAAAAGACUGGGCAAGCGAUUUCUCAUCUAUGCAAGCUCGUCUAACGAGUUUCUGCUCACCUUCCAAGGCGUCAUUACGGCUGGGGAACGAUUAGCCAAUGAGGUCAGGACCCUCGUGAAAAAGAAUCCCAGUCUACAGAGAAUAACAUUCGUGGCUCAUUCACUAGGUGGCUUGUUUGUUCGGUACGCAAUUGCUUUGCUGCACGAGCCGCAAAACAGCGAGAGAGUUAGCGUUGGUGGCUCUGAACAGCGACCUGGGUCAAUUGCUGAUUUGGAGCCAGUCUGUUGUAUCACAUUGGCUACACCACACUUGGGAGUGUCGGGAAAGGGUCAGCUUCCGUUUCUUCUUGGCUUGAAUGUUCUGGAGAAACUCGCUCCUUCUGUAGCUCCAUUCAUCACUGGAGAAACAGGACGCCAGCUUUUUCUUGCUGAUGGUUCAUUGAAAGAGAAGAAACUCCCUGUUCUUGUUGAAAUGGCCGCUGAUAGCCAAGGCAAACCAUUCCUGUCAGCGCUUCGAGCAUUUAGGUUGAGGCUGCUUUACGCAAACGCUGGCUACGACCGCAUGGUUGGCUGGCAGACUUCUUCUAUCCGCAGAGCAGCUGAGCUUCCCGUGAUUCCGAAGACAGCAAUCAGUCCGCUUUAUCGCCACAUUGUGCUCGUCCAAAAUUCUCCUGCUGUUGAGGGCACUAACUUGCCUGAUCCACAUGCUUUCACCACUGACCCAUCGAAUGAAUUCGAGCUUUAUCACGAGUAUAUGAUUGCCGGAUUGCAACAAGUGUCAUGGAGGAAGGUGGAUGUGAACUUCGAGGAGGCGUUCUGGCCAUUCUUCGCCCACAACUACAUUCAUGUGAAAAUGGAGUGGUUGCACUUUGAAGGUGCUGGGGUUAUUAGACAUGUAGCCGACACGAUUUUAGAGCAGCAUUCUGAUGCCUUUCUUAGCAAACUGUAA